AUGGCUAUUAAUACCAUCUUCUACUUCACGCCGACGAGGAAAUUAGCUUUUUAUGUCAUCAGCGACAUCAUCGCCCUUGCGCUUCACGACGACGCCUUUGCCGCAGAGAGCUUAAUAGACGCCUCUAGGAAGGAGUCUAUGCUCAAGGUCCCCGUUUUCCGCCGCUUUGACCGCAAUGGCGAACUCUCCAAAGAUGAAGCCAUGCUCUAUGCCAAGUUCAGAGAUAACAUAGGCCAACAGAGCGAGAAUACAGGGUUCGAGUGGGCUUCCGAUCUGCAGAUUACUAAUAUACCCGCAGGUAACGCGCCGGACGCUAUCCGAGACCAGAUGAUGCGCCACGACCCCAAGUUUCUCACGUUUCACGACGCCUACCUUAAUCAGAUGGUCGAGUUUGACUUACAGAAUACCUUUCUUGAGGAAUAG